CCCAGUUUCCUUUCAAGGAGCAGCGGAGCCACAUGGCAAAAGACUUGAGGAACACACGCCCAAAGGUAACUCACACACAAGAGAUCGUGCAAUUUUUGCCGACCACAACUCGAGGACUCUGAACAGUGAAGAGUGCCACAAGCCCACCAUUCCAAACAACUUCUCUUGCUGCCAUAAUCUACAAGCGAGUAAGCUCACAAAGCGCCACGCUCCAAUUCGAAACAACAAUAACAGCAACAGCAAAAGAGACACAAUGGAGAUUCCUGCCAACCCCAAGAAGCGAACCCUGUUCGAAGCCAUCGCGGCCGAGACCAACAAGGACAAUGAUACGCCCACCGAACAAGAGGUGGCGGCGAUGAGUCGAUCUGAAAGGAAGCGUCACCGCGAAAAGAAGCGCCGCAGCGACGUCAACAAGGGGUUUGAUGAGUUGAUGUCUCUCCUCUUGGAAAUUGACCCUGAAGUCCGAGCAGACGCCGAGGAGCGCACCAGCAAGGGACAAUGCAAGAGGGCUUUGGGUGCUCACGAAGACAAUGUGCUUAGCCGCGUUGACUUGAUCGCUACUGCCUGCAGAGUCCUCAAGAGGGUGCACACAGAAAACGAGAAGCACAAGAAGAUGAUUGAAGAACUCCUCCUCAAGAACGGAGGUCAGGGAGCUGCGGACUUGCCUCGUUCCGCAGGUGGUUCCGCCGCAGGUGCCGGUUUGGCCGACUUGAGUUCCUUGGGAGGCGGUGCCACGUCUUCUUUGGUCGACCGUGCGGCGCUCCUUCAGAAAUCUGCCUUGGGAUUGGGUGCCGGAGCCGCCGCGGCUGAAGCCCAGCUUCGUGCCAAGGCCAACCUUUUCUCCAACUUGCCCAGUGCGGGAGUUGCCUCGUCGCUUCGAGAAUACUCCACCGCGGAUCUCUUGGCGCUUCGUGCCGCAGCAGCCAACCGUGCCGCCGCCGCUCAAGCGCUUCCCCCUCCUCCGGCUACAACGGACGCUGCUGCCAUGUUGGCCGCUCGUCGCAGUUUGUUGCAGUCCAUGAUGCAGCAGCAAGAUUCGCACGCGAAUAUGAUGCACGCAUCCAUCUUUGGAUCUUGCUUGGGUGGUCAGAACGAGUCCAGUUCAUCCGCUCCUGCUCCCCCACAUCAUUUGAUGGGAGCCGAAGCCUUGUAUGGAGCUUUGGGUGGCGGUGCCAUGCAGACCAAGAAGGAGGAGGAACUACGAAGACUUCGUGCGGCGGGACACCAGAUAUAAAGUAUCAAACAGCGCCCCAAACACAAACAGGGUGCCCAAAAAUAUCUCCCCUCUCCCUGACUGAAUGACUGAUCAAGAUAGACGUUUGCUGAUCCACUUUUUAUAUCUAAAAUAAUGCAUAUUAUGGAGUC